UAUUCCUUUAUUCUAACCCAAAAUCUAGAGAGAGAGAGAGAGAAUGGCUUGUCCCAAUGUUCUAUUGUCACUCUUUGGCCUGAGCCUACUCGGAUCGUGUGCGGCGACGACCUACACGGUCGGAGACAGCUCCGGGUGGGAUGUAAGCACCAAUCUCGAUUCAUGGGCGGUCGGAAAAACGUUUAUUGUUGGCGAUAUUUUAUUAUUCCAAUACUCAUCCUACCAUAGCCUGUAUGAGGUGAGUAAAGAUGGAUAUCAAUCAUGCAACACGACUAACCCUCUGUUCAGCGCAACGAACGGGAACACGUCCUUCGUGUUGUCGUCUGCCGGGGAGAAGUACUUUGUAUGUGGAGAAAUCAGUCACUGCUUGGGUGGAAUGAGACUCACAAUUGCAGUCGAGGACCAAAACACUGCAAUGGCACCUGGGAGUUCGGCACCGCAAGGAUCACAGCUGUUCCAUCCAUCACCAACUUCUUCACCACCAAGAAGAGAUGUUUCCCCCACUUCAAGUUAUAAUCCAAAUCCCUCUUACAAUUCUAGGAGUGGUCUAGUCUUACUAGCAUGUACGAUUGUGUUGAGGAUUUUUUUAGGGCUUGCUUCAUGA